AGCGCGAGCCGCGGCCGGCUCCGCUGCAGAGCCGAGAGAAUCCCGAGUCCCGGCAGCAGGGCACUAUAUUUGUAUGUGUCUUGUAGAACCCACGCUUGGAAAUGCUGACUGCAGACUUCAGUACAGCUGAGCCCCACUAGACACCAAGAAAGCCCACAGCUCUGGUUGCAUCCUUCAACAUGACCAACCCACAGCCUGCCAUAGAAGGAGGAAUUUCUGAAGUUGAGAUCAUCUCCCAACAAGUGGACGAAGAAACCAAGAGCAUUGCUCCCGUGCAGCUGGUAAACUUUGCCUAUCGGGACUUGCCCCUGGCUGCUGUCGACCUCUCCACGGCGGGCUCGCAGCUCCUGUCAAAUCUGGACGAAGAUUACCAAAGAGAAGGGUCUAACUGGCUGAAGCCGUGCUGUGGGCAGAGAGCAGCCGUGUGGCAGGUAUUUUUGCUCAGUGCAAGUCUCAACAGUUUCCUGGUAGCCUGUGUAAUAUUGGUGGUGAUUCUCCUGACUCUGGAACUUCUAAUAGAUAUAAAGCUUCUCCAGUUUUCCAGCGCAUUCCAGUUUGCUGGUGUAAUUCACUGGAUCAGCCUGGUCAUUCUCUCUGUGUUCUUCUCAGAGACUAUUCUGCGGAUUGUGGUACUUGGGAUCUGGGAUUACAUUGAAAACAAAAUAGAGGUGUUUGACGGGGCUGUGAUCAUCCUGUCCUUGGCCCCGAUGGUGGCAUCCACUGUAGCCAAUGGGCCCAGGAGCCCCUGGGAUGCCAUCAGCCUCAUCAUUAUGCUCCGGAUCUGGCGGGUGAAGAGGGUCAUUGAUGCCUAUGUCCUGCCGGUGAAAGUAGAGAUGGAGAUGGUCAUCCAGCAGUAUGAGAAGGCCAAGGUCAUCCAAGACGAGCAGCUGGAGAGACUGACACAGAUCUGUCAGGAGCAAGGGUUCGAGAUCCGGCAGCUGCGCGCGCACCUGGCGCAGCAGGACCUGGACCUGGCGGCCGAGCGGGAGGCGGCGCUGCAGGCCCCGCACGUGCUCAGCCAGCCGCGCGGCCGCUACAAGGUGGUGGAGGCCGGCACGUGGGACGAGGAGACGGCGGCCGAGAGCGUCGUGGAGGAGCUGCGGCCCUCGGAAGAAGCCUCGGUGACAGAUGAUAUGAACAGCUACAUCAGUCAGUACUACAAUGGGCCCAGCAGUGACAGCGGUGUCCCAGAGCCAGCUGUGUGUGUGGUCACUACAGCUGCCAUUGACAUCCACCAGCCCAACGUCUCCUCAGACCUCUUCUCACUCGACAUACCCCUAAAGCUCGGCGGCAGUGGCAUCAGUGCUAGUGCCACCUCAGAGAGCGCCUCCCGCUUCACCCGCAGCUCAGUCACCCGGGCCCAGAGUGACAGCAGCCAGACUCUGGGCUCCCCCACGGACUGCAGCACCGCCCGCGGGGAGCAUUCCUCUGAGCCUGGCCCCUCUCCCCUGCCACUGUUACCGCCACCCCAGCAGCAGAUGGCAGAGACCACAGUCCAGGACCUGCUGUCCUCCCUGUCUGAGGACCCCUAUCCACCCCAGAAGGCCUUGGACCCAGCCCCCCUCACCCGGCCCAGCCCAGCAGGUUCGCCCCAAACCAGCCCCGAGCUGGAACACAGGGUAAGUCUGUUCAACCAGAAGAACCAGGAAGGCUUCACCGUCUUUCAGAUCAGGCCUGUUAUCCACUUCCAGCCCACUGUGCCCACGCUAGAGGAGAAGUUUAGAUCUUUGGAAUCCAAAGAGCAAAAGUUGCACAGGGUCCCCGAGGCCUAGUGCCUCCAGGUGGGCUGGUGGGAGGAGGGGAGACAGCCAUGUCAAAGCUCUCCUGGGACCCUGGAGGCUGCCAAGGGCCACAUGCAGGGCCCAGGAGCCCGCCUGGCCUCCCUCAGGGUGCUGCCUGCCUCCAGGGAGGUGACACCAGGCCACAGCCUCAGACCUCAAAGCCCAGAGCUGGCGCCUCCCCUUGCCCCGCGCAGGGGAGGGUGGUGCCCGCGGCUGCAUUUCCUUUUUAAACAUUUUUACAAAACCAGCCUGUGGCCCAGCUUCAGCAGGGUAGAGUGCAGGGGCCUGCUCAGCCUCUUCCGUUGCCUUCGUUCCUGACGCCCACCCCGGACCCUCGGGGACAGCACUGUGAGCCCUGCCCCACCCAGGCCGUCUUUCCCUGGGCGGAGCCGCCACCCUCACAUGGAGGCCAUCACCUGAGCCUACUUCAUUUGUCCUCAUCCUCUCAUUCGGCAUGAGCGUUUCAGAGUCUUUUCAAGGCAAACCUGGUUUUCACCGUCAGGGACCUGAAGGGAUGGACCCAGGGGUGGGGGUGGGGGGAUGGGACAGCCAUUUUCCAACCUUAGCUUUAAUAAUAAAAACCAGCUGCACUGAG